GACAUUUCUGCGGCUUCUCCACUGAAACUGGGAGUGAUUCUGUGUUCUGUGAUUGUUAUUGUUUUUAAGAAAAAACUUCGACUUCGCUGUUCUCAGUGCAUUUAAUUGAUCAAGUAUUACCGAAAAGAAUGUUCUGGUCAAUCUACUAACAGAAUUUUACGAACGACAUGGAUAAACACGUUCGCGUUCUCAGUAUUACACAAGAAAAAUUUCGCCAAGGAGAGAACGUUGUUUCGAUCUGCGAAAGUUACCAAAUAAUCGGCAGCGAAUACAAAAAUCAUCUCUUGGCCCUAGUCACUUCCGGUGGCACACAAGCGAUCUUUUCAUUUGCCGCAUCUAAAUGGAUACCGGAAUCAUUUUCCGAUUUGACGAUAGAGUCCAUUUAUCCGAUAAAUGACGAUUUUCGAUUGGAAACGUCGACCGUUGGCACCGUAUCACAAUGUCAAUUUAAAUUGAGCUCAACGUAUGGACAGGCCGUGUAUUACUAUUAUCCAUGCAGCAGCUCGCCGUCGUUCAAAGAAUUUGCUCAUUUCGAAAGAGACAUUUCGCUUGCCAAAUCGGUUAAACUGUCGCAGCCGAAUUUUCAGUGGCUGGAAGCUUAUCAACGCGAAGAUUUGUUGGCUAUUGACCGGAGCAUAGCUGAUGGGAGUGUGACAUUGAAGAAACGAGAGUCUAAGUUUCGCGAGGAAUUGGAGAAGCGAGAGCAUGAGUACAUAAUAUUCAAGAAAUUUCGAAUUUACACAGCAACGUGGAAUGUCAACGGUCAGUUACCAAGUGAUGUUUGCUUGAAGAGCUGGUUAUCUGUGACCGAUGAACCACCAGACAUUUAUGCCGUAGCUUUUCAGGAACUUGAUCUGUCCCCGAAAGCAAUCACAUUCAGUGAGUCACGACCUGAUCCAGUAUGGAUCCAAAAAGUAAAGGAUGGUCUUCAUCCGGGUGCUGAUUACGAGGAGCUCAUUUCCGUUCGGUUGGUGGGCAUGAUGCUGGUGAUUGCUGUACGUCAAGAGCUCAGAAAAAAUAUUAUUCGAUAUUCAACCGAAACUGUGGGUACUGGCGCAUUGAAUUUUAUGGGUAACAAGGGCGGUGUUGGUGUUAGUUUGCAACUGAACGAAGCGUUUAUCUGUUUCGUGAAUUCACAUUUAGCGGCUCAUACACAUGAAGUUGAUAGACGGAAAGAAGACCACGAUGAAAUUAUUCGCCGCAUGCAGUUUAAAUAUGGAAUUGUGCAGAGAUCAAUCGAUGAGCAUAAUCACAUUUUCUGGAUUGGUGACCUCAACUAUAGAAUCAUUGAAACGCAAGGCAGAAAUCAAUUUGACGAGGAAAACUAUUUGGAAUUGCUGAAAAUGGAUCAACUCUAUCAUGAAAUGCAUUGCAAGCGUGUCUUCAAUCAUUACAACGAGGGAAUCAUCCGUUUUCGUCCGACGUAUAAAUACGAUCCGGGCACUGAUAAUUGGGACAGCAGCGAAAAGAAUCGAGCGCCGGCCUGGUGUGAUCGGGUACUGUGGAAAGGAGAACGAAUCGAACAAUUGACUUAUGAAAGUGUGAUGCGAUUGCAAUUGAGUGACCAUAAGCCGGUGUAUGCGAUAUUCUUGUGCGGGGUCAAAACGAAGGACGAGCAAAAGUACAAACGGGUUCAUGAGGAUGUGCUCAAAAGAGUGGAUAAGUACGAGAACGAUAACCAACCCCAGAUAACUGUCGAACAAACGGACAUCGACUUCGACAUAAUCCGCUUCAACGAGACUUAUACUCGUGAUUUUACGGUGGCCAAUAACUGCCAUUUGCCCGUGCACUUUACGUUCCGCGGCAAAGAGGGUAAAGGCAGUAAGAUAUGCGAGUCGUGGCUGCAAGUGGAACCGACACAAGGCGAGCUUAUUACCGGGGACAGUCUCAGUGUACGGCUAAAAUUAUUCAUCGAUCAGCACACGGCAUGGCGAAUGCAUCGCAAGCAAAAGGAAUCGGGAAGCAAAGUACCGUUGGACAUAUUGGUGUUGCAUGUCGACAAUGGUCGAGACAUUUUCAUAACGAUGAUCGGUGAAUACAAACCGAGUUGUUUCGGGUUUUCGGUGGAAACGCUGAUCCGAUUGAACAAUCCCGUUCACGAGUUGGAUUUGAAGGAAUUGCUGAAAAUUGAAAACAGCACCGACACAGGUCCGUCCCAACCGAAUCGUAUUGAAAUUCCACGAGAAGUUUUUUUACUGGUUGACUAUCUGUUCAAAAAUGGACUCAAAACUCCGAAUUUGUUCACUGUCGAUCGACGAUAUGCGAAAAAUCCCAACAUCAACGAUAUCCGAGACUGGCUGGAUGUGUGGCAGACGACCAAUUUUGUGGGAACUCCUCAGACCGCUGGCGAGGCGUUAUUAAUGCUGCUGGAAUCUUCGCCGGAACCACUUGUCAGUCCACUGGAGGACGAAUGCUUGUAUGCUGACACAUUCGAUAAAUGCCGAGAGAUAAUCAAAAUUCUGUCAAUUCCAAAGAAAAACGUUUUCUUGUACAUUUGCUUCUUCUUGCAAGAGGUGCUGAAACACAGUACUUACAAUCGAUCGGAUGCGGGCAAAUUGGCUAUGAUAUUCGGUCGGGUAUUUUUACGGGGACACAGUACUUCACGGAAUCAUCAUCGAUCGCUACCGGAAAAGGAACGUGAAGAUCGUCGAACGGCAUUCAUGUAUAAAUUUUUGGUCGGCGAUAUAAGGGAAUUUGUGCGGAACGAGAUUCCGAUUGCAAUGGCUAUUAGUCAAUAAAAGAAAUUAUUUAACACAAUUCAACCAUA